AUGGCGAGGACGAAACAGCUCAAGCGCAACGUAAGCCCGGAGCUGGGAGACGGCGACUGGGCUGUCAAUUUCAAUGCAAACGGCAGAGCAAUCAGGAAGUGCCGAACGCGGCAACGAGACUCGCCAUUCGAAGACUCAGCAAUCGCCAUCAGUGACGAGUCCGAGGAUGAUGUCGAUGAAAAUGACGGCGAAGUCAUCCCAGUCGCACAGUCAAGGAAGCGCAAGAGAUCCCCAACACCAGAAGACACAUGGCCACCCGACCAUUUUGAAGCACUCUCAGAGACAGAUUCAGAUUCGUCAGAACACGAAGCAUCAGACUCCCUAGUUGCAGCACUGUCAGGCCACACCACCGUCCACCUUACCGUGAACAUCCCGGUGGGACAUCAAGGUCCAAUCACGCUACACCUUGACCCGAAGACCAUCACCAGCCAGCCGACACAAUACAGUAGGCCGCCGGAUCGACUGACGCAGAGCACCUUGGCGCGCUUGAACGCAAGGUCGAAGUCGAAGAGCAGCAGAUAUGCUGGGUUUCUAGACUUGCCAGCAGAACUGAGGAACGAAAUCUACCGAACGAUCUUUACAUCCGAAAGAUCAGUCAACUUUGGAUGUCCCGACAACUUCAGCAGAUCCGCACAACUUCUCCGCAGCUGCAAUCAGGUUCACGAAGAAGGCCGGAGCAUAUUGUACAGCGAGAACCGCUUCGUGAUCGAGCGGCGCACACAGCGUUAUGGUUCAUUCUGGGAAAACGAAUGGCGCGAGCUAGGCUACCUCAAUGUUCGCAAGUUCAUCAAGUCGAUUGGUGCUACGAACACCGCACUCAUCCGAAACAUCACGCUCAUGCUCGAGGAUGCCGUGCCGUGCCUCAAUCCAGGCAUGCGGACGAACGAGGAACGCCGCUUCGUGCACGACGACGACUUGAUGUCUCUUCUUCGACAUCUUGGACAGCACUCACAGCUACAGAAGCUGGAGCUCCACUUCCACGGCCGUCGGAGGGUUGACCGUACAGACGAUCGCUUCCUGGACUACAUGAAACGUAUCAAGGCUGAUACUGUCGAAUUUGUUGAUUGGCCCCCACAGUCGAAGUAUCCACGCCAGAGCAAGCAAGAGGAUGCAGUAAAACAGGUCUUACUCACCGCUUGUUCCAGGAAGAAGAAGAAGUUCGAUUGA